GAGAAGAGACCCAGACGAGGAAUAAAACAUGGCUGCCAGUACGAGCGGUGAUAAAGCUGCGGAUGAUUCACUGUAUCCGAUUGCGGUGUUGAUUGAUGAGUUGAAAAAUGAAGAUAUUCAGCUGCGCCUGAACUCGAUCAAGAAACUAUCGACAAUUGCACUUGCCCUGGGCGAGGAACGCACCCGCAAUGAGCUGAUCCCGUUCCUGACUGAAUCCAUCUACGACGAGGAUGAGGUACUGCUGGCCCUUGCCGAGCAGCUCGGUAACUUUAUCCCGCUGGUUGGCGGGCCCGAAUAUGCUAUGUAUUUGAUUCCACCGCUCGAAUCGUUGGCAACGGUCGAGGAAACGGUGGUCCGUGAGAAGGCGGUCGAAUCGCUACGUACCGUGGCCGGUCAGCACAGUGCGCAGGACUUGGAGGUUCACCUUGUGCCAACGUUGCAGCGUCUGGUUUCGGGCGAUUGGUUUACAUCCCGCACGUCCGCCUGUGGACUGUUUUCCGUGUGCUAUCCGCGCGUAUCGGCCGCAGUAAAGUCGGAAUUGCGCGUCAACUUCCGCACGCUGUGCCAGGACGAAACGCCCAUGGUGCGCCGUGCUGCUGCCGGCAAGCUGGGCGAGUUUGCCAAGGUGGUCGAGCUGGAGUAUCUUAAGUCGGAUCUGAUACCCACGUUUGUACAGAUGGCACAGGACGAGCAGGAUUCCGUACGGCUGUUGGCGGUGGAGGCGUGCGUAAGCAUUGCCCAACUGUUGCCCCAGGAGGAAGUGGAGCUGAAUGUCAUGCCAACGCUGCGCCAGUGCGUCAACGAUAACUCAUGGCGCGUCCGGUACAUGGUAUCGGAAAAACUCACCGAUCUGCAGAAAGCCGUCGGGCAGGAGAUCACCAAGAACGAUCUCGUAUCCGCCUUCCAGUUUCUGCUAAAGGACAGCGAGGCCGAAGUGCGUGCCUCCGCCUCGGCAAAGGUGACCGAGUUCUGCGCGAACCUCGACAAAGCAUGCCAGGAACAGAUCAUUAUGACGUCGAUUUUGCCAUGUGUCAAGGAGCUGGUUGCCGAUUCGAAUCAGCACGUCAAGUCGGCGCUCGCCUCGGUCAUCAUGGGCCUGAGCCCGAUCGUUGGACGGAACAAUACGAUUGAGCACCUGUUGCCGCUGUUCCUCAUCCAGCUGAAGGACGAAUGGCCCGAGGUGCGGCUAAACAUUAUCUCGACGCUGGACUGCAUCAACGAUGUGAUCGGCAUCCAACAGCUUUCCCAGUCACUGCUGCCGGCCAUUGUCGAGCUGGCGGAAGAUAGCAAAUGGCGCGUCCGUUUGGCCAUCAUCGAGUACAUGCCACUGUUGGCGGGCCAGCUUGGACAGGAGUUUUUCAACCAGAAGCUGCGCGAUCUGUGCUUUAACUGGCUGAACGAUCACGUGUACGCGAUCCGUGAGGCGGCCACACUGAACAUGAAGAAAAUUGUGCAAACCUUCGGCACCCAGUGGGCGGAAACGAACAUUAUCAAUCAGAUUUUGGUUAUGUGCAAAAAUAGCAACUAUUUGCACCGAAUGACCUGCCUGUUCUGCAUUAAUGCGCUGGCCGAUGUUUGCGGCGCGGACAUCAUCGAGCGGCUGUUCCUGCCGACCAUCAAAGUAUUAUCGACGGAUCCCGUUGCGAAUGUGCGUUUCAACGUAGCGAAAACCCUACAGAAACUGUCGCCAUUCCUCGACCAGGCUGCCAUCGACGAGCACGUGAAGCCGAUCCUGGAAAAACUCAACACCGAUACGGACGUGGACGUGAAGUACUUUGCCUCGGAAGCGAUGGUGAGCAGUGCCGGCGUAUGGGUGGGCAUGAAGCCGGUACGAGCCCACCUAGACACGGCCAAGUUUAUGUUUUUCUACGGACCAAAGUUUGAGGACCAUGAGACGUACAGUUUGGAAAAAGCCGAGGACAUCCUGCACCACAGUCGCUUCGACAAGAACAAAAAGACAGUGAUGUAUUUCCACGGGUACAUCGAAUCACCCGAGGUCGAAAGCGUGCACGUGAUUGCCGAUGCGUACUUGAAGCGUGGUGACCACAACAUCCUCAUCCUUGACUGGGCUCUGCUGGCGGAUGGAAACUAUCUGCUUGAAGCCGUACCGAACUGUAAGAAGCUUGGAAGCUAUCUCGGUGCGGUGGUCCUGCGAAUGAUCAAUGCUGGAUUGAACGUGGACAAGCUGCAUCUUGUUGGUCAUUCGCUCGGUGGACAGCUGGCAGGAUACAUUGGGCGUACCGUGAUCUCACAGUCGGAAAAGCGCAUCAAGCUCAACAGAAUUUCGGCACUCGAUCCCGCCUUCCCACCGUUCUAUCCGGGCAUCUUUGCCACCGCACUCAGCUCCAAGGAUGCGAACUUUGUCGAUGUCAUCCAUACCGAUGCGUGGCUGUACGGUGCGCCGGUUAGCACGGGGACAGCCGAUUUCUGGCCCAACAAUGGUAAAACCCUGCAGCCCGGUUGUCCGAAACGAAACUACAAACUGCUCACCGAUAAUGAUUUGUGCAGUCACCGGCGGUCUUGGUGGUUCUGGGCGGAAAGUGUUGCGGAAAGCAACGUACAGUCAUUCCACUCGGUUAAAUGUAAAUCGUGGGACGAUUUCAAGGAUGGAAAGGUUGAUCGAUCGGCUGCGAUUGUGCACAUGGGAAUCGAUUGUAGUUCUGAUGCCAAAGGUGACUAUUACCUGCAGACCAACGGUGCCCCACCAUAUUCCAAAGGAGUGUCCGGCUCGAAGUUUGAAUAACAUAGACCAAUUAUGGUUUUAGCUUAGCGUAAGAGUUCACGUUACCCCUGUACAAAAUGGUUUUUAGUGAAAAACAAAAAAAUACAAGCAAU